AUUUGUAAUUACUGUUGUUUAGCUUUGGUCAGCCGAAUAGUUUACUACCCUGUAAACGUGAUAAGGUUAUAUCUUCACUUUUCAUUGUACAGUAAACUGAGUAAACUCUAUGCUUUUCACCAAACAUUUUGUAAUCAUAAAACGACAAAAUUACGAAAACUUACUUGGUAAUAUUACAAUUAUAAAAAUUAUUAUUUAAUGGUAAUUAAAAAUAAUAUUGUAAAUUUAUUUGUGUGUGUGUAUAAUUAAUCAUUUUUAUGUUUUUUAAAUAGUAUUAUUGUAUAGGUACCUAAUUUUAUUAUUUUUUAGAUUGUCAUUUGUGAAUAAUGCCAAAAUAUUAUUGUGAUUAUUGUGACACAUAUUUGACCCAUGAUUCUCCAUCAGUACGUAAAACCCACUGCCAAGGCCGCAAGCAUAAAGACAAUGUAAAAUUCUACUAUCAAAAAUGGAUGGAAGAACAAGCACAGAAUUUGAUUGAUGCUACUACAGCUGCUUACAAAGCUGGCAAGAUUGGUAUGAAGGGAGUUUGUAUACCUCCACCAAACAUGGGUCCAACACCACCACAAAUGAAUAUGCCACCUGGUUCAAUAAUGCCACCCGGACAAAUGCCCAUGGGUGCCCCCCCGAUGAUGUCUAUGCCACCUAUGAUGAGGCCUCCUAUGGGACAAAUGCCAAUGGGUGCACCUCCUAUGAUGCCUCCAAUGCCACCUAAUAUGAGACCACCCAUGAUGGUGAAUCCUCCACCUAAUCAACAGCCUCAACAAUAAAUAAAGUAAGUAACUAUUUUGAAUCAAAUGUAUAAUAUUAGUUCAUAUACUUAAUAAUUAUUGAUAUUAUUUGGUAAAAAAAUAAAGUGCAGAAAUAUUAAAUAUUUAUAAAUAAAUUAAACAGUAAUGAAGUGCAAAUUAUGAUUAUUAUAACCAAGUGUCAGUAGAACCAGAUAAAUUUCUCAUAAGUGUGUGGAAUGUUUUGAUAGAAAUUAACAUAACAGAGAUGUAGAUUAAAAUGAUCUAAUCCCUGUAUAAAUUUAUUUAAAAAAUAUAGAAAACAUGCAAAUUUAUAAGAGGUAAAAAUUAUUGAAGUGUUAAAAAGUCAAUUUGGGUUUAGGUUCAAGCAGUUGGGAACAUAAAAAUGCAAAGGUGAAGAAUGUUAAAAUAAGUCAUCAUAGGUUCGAAACAAUGAUAUCUGAUAUCUGCGUAUAAAGUUCACUACAAUAUAAUAGAUACCUAUUGUAUGAAUAGUCCUAAUAUUAGAUUACAUUAUAAUUUUAGACAUUCUGACAAGUAACUAAACAAAUUAAAAUAUUUUUUUUUUACUACAUAUUUUAUAAUCAAUAUUAAAGACUUACUUUUUUCUGCCCUUUAAUGUUUUGUCACCUGGAUCAACUGUUCUUUGAUACGUUCUUAGAAAUUGAUAAAGAUAUUGAUGUAAAAAGUAAAAUAAAAGUAGUGGACCUUACUUGUAUGAAAUAAAGGUGAAAACAAUUAAGAUCAAUAAUAUAUUAUAUUUUAUUCUUAUUUAUUUAUUUGUUUAAAAUCUGGCUAAAUAACAUAAAACUUACUAAUAGUAAUACAUUUAUUAUAUUCCAGGUGUAUGAAUUAGUCUGGAUGAUCAAGACAGUCAUUAAACUUUAUAAAUAUGUUUGAAUAAGUAAAUGUACUAUGAAAAGUACUACAGUAAAUUAAAAAACAAUUAUUUAAAAUUAUGUAAUAAUCAUUAAGUAUACAUAUUUUAAUAUUUCAAAAUCAUGAAUUUUGUUUUUGUUAGAAAUUUUAAAUUAUUUCUUAUUUGUGUUAUAUAGUAUGUACUAAAUAAGUACCUCCAGAACUUAAAUUUAAACCUAGUCAACUGAUCGCUUUGAAUUUAAAUAUUAUUCCAGUAUUUGUAAAUGAUUGUUUAAUUGUCCACUCUAAAUUACUCAAUUCAUAUAAGUAUAGGAAAGGUAGGUAUACCCCUUGUUAAUUAAUCUUUUUUUUUUUUUAAUGAUAAAACCCAUACUACUUUUCACGAUAGAAAGAUAGUGUUUCGCGCACGUAGCUGAGUUAUGAAUUGCUGCCGGACCCCUGAUGUGGCCCAAUAGUGGUGGGAGCCCUGGGCGAGGUGCGGCGUGGUGAUGCAUAAGAAUGACUGGUUUUCGUCGAGACUCUCUACCGUUCUUUCGUGAAAAAUAGUAUAUAAUUAUAUUUUCCAUUAAUAUUAGGAAUAUAAUUGUUUGAAAUCCCAAUAGAUAAAUCAUGGAAUCUUUAUUAACUUCCAUCAGUAAAAAAAAAAUCGCAAAACAAAUUUGUGAAUUUCCUUUUAAUGUUUUAUUGUAUACAUGAUACAAAUUUUAAACAGAUACCUGCAAUUUGUUAUAUUAUAUUUCUGAUCUUUUCUAUAAUUGCAUUUCCAAUGGUGGGUGUAAGCUGUUACUUGAUGUUUGGAUUUAUAAGGCAACCUGUUUAUAGAAGACACCUAUGCAAUGAAGUAUUUUCAACAAUACUAUGCAUUUUAUAAUUUCACAAUCAUACAGCACUCUAUCGGGUAACAUGGAAAAUAGAUUUUUGAUGUUUUUUUUAGGUUUCUUAGUUAAACCACCGCCACAUUUUUACAAUGCUAAGUAUAAUCCUUUCUUGAUUUUGUAAGAAGCACCAUGGAUUCAUUUCUGGUAUUUGUCUAAUAUGCUACCUAGUACCUACCUACUGUAAAAUUAUAUCUACCAAAUAACUACGUGUAGUAUGCUACAUACUAAAAAUUAUUACAUGAUAUUUCCUACAUUAUUUCAUAUUCUUAUAUUAUAAAAUGAUAUAUUUUUAUUUCAUUUUAUUUAAGUACCUGUGACUUGGGUCAUUAAAUAACAAUCAUACAAUACUAUAGCCAUUAUGAUAUCUACUAAAUAUCCACCAAGAUAACAAAAACUUGAGACAAAUUAUUUUCGGAAAUUCUAGAAUGAAGAUUUUUUUUUAAAGUGGAAAAAAGCAACUUUAAUGCUAAUAAUACAGAAUAAAAUAGAAUUGGGGAUAACCAAUUAUUCAGAUCAACAGCAAGCAUACAGUAAGGCAUAGUUUUUCAUUAUGAAACAGUCGACCAUUCUGAGUUUUUUUUUAUACAUCCUACAACGGGCACACCAACACAAACAGUCAAAUGUAUAUGGGGAGAUAUGUCAAAACCUGAAGAACGACAAAUGUGUUAGACCACCAAUUAAAAGAUUAAUGGUGGUAUGGUAACCAUUAAUGGUUAAUACAGUACACAAUGAUUUAUUUGAAGUUUUCUGGGAUGACAUAAAAAAAAUACAUGGCAUAUAACAAUAUUUAAAAACACUAAAAUACUUGACAAUGAUAAUCAUCAGCAAUAACGCUGGUAUUCUAGUUUAACACAUUUUAAUUAUUAGGUAAAAUUCAUAACAUAACGAUAUAGCUAACAAUUAUUGGUAGAUGGCAUUUUACAAUAGGCAGCAUAUAGUUUUUUGCAGGGUUGAGUAAAUUUAAAAAGUAAUUAUAAGAUACUUCGCUCAUUACUUAGAGAUAAAUGUAAUGAAGUUACUUUACUUUU